GCGCUGACUUCUAAUGCUCAAGAGUCCGGAUUCGAAUGCUUUAAAAUCAGGGCUAAGAAAAGACAAGAUAACAUUAAUAUGAGACACUGUUAAACAGUAAAAGUUAUCAUAUGUAGGUCUUUUCGUAAUUAUUAUUGCAUUAUUAAUUAUUGUAUUAUCUAUUAAUUAUUGUAAUCAUAUGUAGGUUUUUUGUCUUUUGUUAGCCCUGAUGAAGGCCUGAACUUUGGGCCGAAACGUCGGUAAAGAUAAAAAUAUAUAUAAUUUAUUUAUUUUUACUUUAGUAAAUCUUGUCUGAACACCCCAAUAAACUUAUCUUCAAUAUAUCUACGAUAGCCAAUAAUUAAUCCACUAUGAUUAAAAUUUUUAUUUUUUCAUGAGUUGUGUCAUGCAGCAUCUCAAUGAUUGUGAUAGUGAUUGUUUUAUUUUGUAAAAUUUAUAAAAACAAAACAAACAAAAAAUCUAAUAUUAUAGCCUUAAUUUAUGAUGAUCGUCCUGACAUAAUUUUAUUUAUUAUUUAUCAUCACUUUCCUUACUAAAAUAAUCUCUACAUGGAAACUACACUUCACUUUCACACACAAUCUGUAAUCUAAUUCUGAAAUUGUCUGAAAAGAAAACAGUGACAGGAGCUUAUUCUUGUAAAAAAUGUACACAGGUGCUAACAGUUGACGUUUUCUUCUAAUUUAUACAUGUUCCCAAGAUUUUUUUUCAUUUAUAUUUUAUUGUGUAAUUGAAAUAUUCUUUUCUUUAACAAAUGCAUAUUCCUUAACGAUCCGUAGAGCGCUAUAAUAAUGAAUUAUGAACGAUAAAAACAAAAAACAUCUUAGUAAAAACCUUAAGAGGAUUUAAAAAGAGUCUUUCUAAUUUAAUAUUGGUUAUCUAAUAAGGGGUAUGUGACAGUAAGGCUUCUACUCACUACAGCUCACCAUGCCUGAUUCUCAAAAAAAGAGGGGGACUGGAGCGACCCCUGAUUGGUCAGAAAAUGCAGAGCCAGGUGGACAUUUAUGGUCUUCAGUUUCCAAUGCAAUGGAAUGCUACGUACCAGAUGAACACUGUGUUAAACGCGGAUCGAAGCAGAAAUGUUCGGCUUGUCACAUCGUAGCUCAUGGAGAAUGCGUGCCAUUGGUCGUGAGUCAGAUGAAGUGGCAUUGCCGAUUGACCUUUCGAGAUGCGGACAUUCGAAGUUACAGGGAGGAAGACGUCAAAAAUGAGCAUCACUGGGUCCAACAUAAAUAUGAAAAGAAGGGAAAGUGCAAUUUCUGCUCUAAGUCAUUGCAGCCAAAGAAGCUUUUCAGUUCCAAAGAUCUACAAGUUACGACAUGCUCAUGGUGCAAGAUGUCUUUCCACAACCGUGACAGUUGCUUAAACUCAGAAGUGACAAAAGGCCCUUGUAAUUUAGGAAAUCACGCAAGCAUUGUCGUCCCACCGUCUUGGAUUAUAAAGCUCCCUAAAAGAGAUUUUCGGUCAAGUCUGAAAUCGAAGACGAAACCGUCGGAAGAAAAGGUUCUAGAAGGAAUCAAACCUUUCACAAUAAAAGCCAAACCCACACCAACUAUUAAGCCGCUUAUCGUAUUUAUAAAUCCAAAAUCAGGAGGAAACCAAGGAGUAAAAUUGCUUCAGAAAUUUCAAUGGCACUUGAACCCAAGGCAGGUUUUCGACCUGACACAAGGUGGACCAAACAUGGGAUUAGAGUUAUACAAGAAGGUUCCUCAGCUGAGGGUACUAGCAUGCGGCGGAGAUGGUACGGUAGGUUGGGUACUGUCUGUUAUUGACAAGAUGGGAUUCUGUCCUCCACCUGCUGUUGGAGUACUUCCUCUUGGUACUGGUAACGACCUAGCCAGGGCAUUGGGUUGGGGAGGAGGCUAUACCGAUGAACCAAUAUCCAAGAUACUCAACAACAUCGGCAAUAGCGAUGUCACAUACCUGGACAGGUGGUUGCUACGGGUCGAACCCAACGCUGACUGCAAUGAAGAAAAGAAAGGAAAGGACAAUUUACCACUCAACGUUGUCAACAACUACUUCAGCCUUGGAGUCGAUGCCCACAUUGCAUUGGAGUUCCACACUGCAAGGGAAGCUCAUCCAGAGAGAUUCAAUUCCAGGCUGCGGAAUAAAAUGUUUUACGGCCAACGAGGAGGUAAGGAUUUAUUGCGACAAAAGUGGAAGGGACUGGCUGACUUUGUGAAGUUAAAAUGCGAUGACAAAGACUUCACGCCGGUAUUAAAGGAGCACAAAUUUCAUGCCAUUGUAUUCUUAAAUAUUCCAAGCUACGGAGGAGGUACCCACCCCUGGCCUAGAGGAAGCGGGACAGAACCGUCUACUGAAGAUGGUAUGAUAGAAGUGGUUGGGUUGACCACAUUCCAGUUGCCUCUACUUCAGGCAGGUGGCCAUGGAGACAGAAUAUGCCAAUGCAAAACCGCUACGGUAGUCACCACCAAAACGAUACCAAUGCAAGUGGAUGGUGAAGCUUGCAAACUGAAUCCGAGUAUCAUACAACUGGAGCACCUCAACAAGGCUCCUAUGCUCAUCAAGAAAAAAACUGGAAAAUCCUCUAGCACACAAUCAGGAUUGCAAUCAUUCUCAGUUCAAGUAAAACUUCUGAAGAUGAUGGAUUACGAAAAGCACUACUUCGAAAAAGAUAUUCUGAAAGAUACGGGAAGUUUUGUCGGGGAGCUAACAGUGAUGCCAGAUAACGACUUGGAAAACGUAAGGAAUAAAAUAAAUGAAAUACUAUCAAGUUCCGGAAACCAGAUCUCCCCUGAUUGGUGUUUUGUGGACAGUUGUACAACAGAACGUUUCUUCAGAAUUGAUCGCUCGCAAGAAAAUAUUUAUUACAUAACAGACAUAGCUAAUGAUAUUGUGUUCAUUCUGGAGGCUGCGCAGGAAGUUACAGAGAUGGAAACGGCUUACCCAUCUCCUUCGUCGGAAAAAGUCACCAAUAGUGAUAUAGUCAAAGAAGCGAAAUCUGAUCAAGAAAACAAUUACAUUAACAAUGAAAAUGAAGAGACAGGGUUCAAAUCAACGGUUAAGGAAAUGAGUCAAAAAAACGAAGUACCUUCUGUACCAAGCAUUAUUACGAGUAAUAUAAACUUUUCAAAUGGUUUUCGCCUUAUUUUUCCUGAUAAUAGGAGUCUUUUGGGAAAAUCAUCGAACCGAGUACUAGAUGCAGCGAAAAAAGGAGAUUUGAAAAAGUUAAAAGAACUUCAUUCAGAGGGUUAUUCGCUCCUCUCAAAAAACGGAAAUGGUGAAACUGCUCUUCACAUAGCGGCCUCUCAUGGUCAUAGAGACAUCAUCAAGUAUCUUAUUACCUCAGCUCCACAUCAAAUAAUAAAUUUAAUAGAAGACCAAAAAGGACAAUCAGCUCUACAUAAAGCUGUUGAAUCUAAAGACAAGAAUAUAUGUUGCAUGCUUGUAGCAGCUGGAGCAUCCCUGACAACUACAGACAACAAUGGAAACACUCCAAAGGAUCUCUCGGUAGAUCAAGACAUAUCACUUUACCUUCAAAGUCAGGAAGAAUUUUUCAUUAGCAAGAAAGAGAAUUUUAAGAACAGCACUUAAAUGCUUAGGAGCAUAAAAUAUAUUUGAUACCUGAAUGAUUUUAAUUGGUAAAAUAAAAUAAAAUAUUAUCAACAAAUAGAAUUUAAAGAACUAAGUAUAGAAUGAAAUAAUUUAUAUCAAUUACAAUAAAUUCUGUUACUUUAUUAAUAUAAU